UAUCCCUCCUUGAAAAAAAGAAAGAAAGAUUCUUUUUACUGCACAUGCAAGAGCAGCCGUAUACAAGCACAUCUAUUGAUGCUUCAUAGCAUUAGAUGAGGAAAAAAGAAAUGGAGGCCACAAGCUCACUCGAAUUUCAGGCAGAAAGGGAGGAAUCCAAAUAUGAACGGAUCAGUGAACUGAAGGCUUUUGAUGAGUCAAAAGCUGGGGUAAAGGGACUCGCAGAUGCAGGGGUAGCAAAGAUCCCGCGGAUAUUCAUCCAUGGUGAUCAGCAACAUAAUGAUUCAGGCUGCUCCUCCUCCGACCCCAAGUUCAGCAUUCCAAUCAUAGACUUUGAAGGCAUCGGCAAAGAUGCUGGUCAACGUGCAACCAUAGUUGAAGAAAUCCGAGAUGCAUGUGAGAAGUGGGGUUUCUUUCAGGUUGUUAAUCAUGGAAUUGAGGUAACUCUGCUGGAUGAGAUGAUCGAUGGGGUUCGCAGGUUUCACGAGCAAGACUACGACGUUAAGAAAGAAUUCUAUACGCGCGAUGAAACGAAAAGUGUUGCAUAUAACACCAAUUUUGAUUUAUAUCAAGCAAGAGCAGCUAAUUGGAGGGAUACCAUAUAUUGUGUUACAGCUCCUUCUCCACCCAAGCCUGAAGAAUUGCCACAAGUGUGCAGAGAUAUAAUGAUUGAUUACUCGAACGCAGUAAUAAGAUUAGGCCUUACUAUAUUCGAGCUGCUGUCGGACGCUCUUGGGCUCGAACCAAACCACCUCAAAGACAUGGGUUGCGCCGAGGGACUUUAUGUUUUGGGCCAUUACUAUCCACCAUGCCCCGAACCAGAUUUGACUUUGGGCCUCACCAAACACACCGACAGUGCCUUCCUCACUGUCGUUUUACAAGACCAAAUAGGUGGCCUUCAGGUCCUACAUCAAAAUCAAUGGGUCACUGUCACUCCCAUUCCGGGGUCUUUGGUUAUAAACCUGGGAGAUAUGAUGCAGCUAAUCUCCAACGAUAAGUUCAAAAGCGUGUUUCACAGAGUACUGGCAAAGAACAUUGGUCCAAGAAUCUCUGUGGCUAGUUUUUUCAGAACACAUUUCAAGCAAGAAACUACCAUCAGUCCUAGGUUGUAUGGACCAAUCAAGGAGCUGCUAUCAGAAGAACACCCCCCAAUCUACAGGGAAACCACCCUAAAAGAUUAUGUUACUUAUAUUUACUCGAAAGGGCUGGAUGGGACCUCUGGACUAGAAUAUUUCAAAAUUUGAAGUAGGUCAUGGAUGAAUAUGGUUCAUUUAUUUUGUUGAACUGCAACUCUGAUUUUCGACUGUUGCUCCAAUAUGUACAUGUUAAGACUGUCUAGCUUCAAUGUGCUUGCCUUUGUCUAAUGUACGUGUUGCAUAUUUAAACUUCUAUUUUCCAAAGCUCGAAUAUGGAAUACUUGAAUAAA